AUGAAGCUUUUUAUCGAGAUCCUCAGAAUAACCCUCUCUCUUGCCAGCCGGGCUGCUGAUCUUGCUUUCGCGGACCUUGACCAAACCGAGAUUUGUCAGCUCAAGGAUGCUCUCGAUCGGGCUCAGACCGUUAUAGAGCACCUCGAGGAGCUCAAGGGGGUCGACCAGACGCAGAUCGUUCUGCUGCAGGCCCGCAUCGAUGAGCUGACUCAAACGAUUACGUCUCUGCAUGAGGAGAACCGUCGUCUCAAGGAGCAGAGCCCUGAGCCCUUCAGCAAGAUCCAGGAGCCCCGUCAUCUGGCUCAGGGGCCGUCUUCCCUCCAAAUCAUCGACAUCAGCCGUACCAUGCUGGCUGUGUCCUCCGAGUCUCCGUCCGCCUCGUCGCCGAUUGAGGAGACUACCGCCAUCGAUCUGAAUGACUUGAACAUGGACGACGCUGUUAAGGACGGCUACCUCUCUGUCUCUGACAGUGGAUUUGAAGAUCUUGGCUCAGACGCUGGUUCUGAAUCUACCUAG